AUGGACGUGGACGUGGACGUGGACGUGGACGUGGAUAUGGACGUGGACAUGGACGUGGACGUGGACGUGGACGUGGACGUGGACAUGGACGUGGGCGUUAACGUGGACGUGGACGUGGACGUGGACGUGGACGUGGACGUGGACAUGGACGUGGACGUGGACGUGAACGUGGACGUUGACAUGACGUGGACGUGGACGUGGACUUGGACGUGGAUGUGGACGUGGACAUGGACGUGGACGUGGACGUGGACGUGGACGUGGUCAUGGACGUGGACGUGGACGUGGACGUGGACAUGGACAUGGACGUGGACGUGGAUGGGACGUGGUCAUGGACGUGGACGUGGACGUGAACGUGGACGUGGACGUGGACGUGGACAUGGACCUGGACGUGGACGUGGACGUGGACGUGGACGUGGACGUGGACGUGGACAUGGACGUGGACAUGGACGUGACAUGGACGUGGACGUGGAGGUGGACGUGGACGUGGAGGUGGACGUGGACGUGGACGUGGACGUGCACGUGGACGUUGACGUGGACGUGGACGUGGACAUGGACGUGGACGUGGACGUGGACGUGGACAUGGACGUGGACGUGGACCUGGACGUGGACGUGGACGUGGACGUGGACGAGGAAGUGGACUUGGGCGUGGACGUGGACGUGGACGUGGACGUGGACAUGGACGUGGACGUGGACGUGGACAUGGACGUGGACGUGGAGGACGUGGACGUGGACGGGGACGUGGACGUGAACGUGGACGUGGAGGACGUGGACGUGGACGUGGAGGACUUGGACGUGGACAUGGACGUGGACGUGGACGUGGACAUGGACGUGGACAUGGACAUGGACGUGGACAUGGACGUGGACGUGGACGUGGACCUGGACGUGGACGUGGACGUGGACGUGGACCUGGACGUGGACGUGGACGUGGACGUGGACGUGGACGUGAACGUGGAUGUGGAUGUGGACGUGGACGUGGACGUGGACAUGGACGUGGACCUGGACGUGGACGUGGACGUGGACGUGGACCUGGACGUGGACGUGGACGUGGACGUGAACGUGGAUGUGGAUGUGGACGUGGACGUGGACGUGGACCUGGACGUGGACGUGGACAUGGACGUGGACCUGGACGUGGACGUGGACGUGGACGUGGACGUGGACGUGAACGUGGAUGUGGAUGUGGACGUGGACGUGGACCUGGACGUGGACGUGGACGUGGACGUGGACAUGGUCGUGGACGUGGACGUGGACGUGGACAUGGUCGUGGACAUGGACGUGGAUAUGGACGUGGACGUGGACGUGGACGUGGACAUGGACGUGGACGAGGAGGUGGACGUGGACAUGGACGUGGAGGUGGACGUGGACAUGGACAUGGACGUGGACGUGGACGUGGACGUGGACGUGGACGUGGACAUGGACGUGGACGUGGACGUGGACAUGGACGUGGACAUGGACGUGGACUUGGACGUGGACGUGGACGUGGACGUGGACAUGGUCGUGGACGUGGACGUGGACGUGGACAUGGACGUGAACAUGGACGUGGACAUGGACGUGGACGUGGACGUGGACGUGAACGUGGACGUGGACAUGGACGUGGACGUGGACGUGGACGUGGACGUGGAUAUGGACGUGGACAUGGACGUGGACGUGGACGUGGACGUGGACGUGGACGUGGACAUGGACGUGGGCGUUAACGUGGACGUGGACGUGGACGUGGACGUGGACGUGGACAUGGACGUGGACGUGGACGUGAACGUGGACGUGGACGUGGACGUGGAGGUGGACGUGGACGUGGACGUGGACGUGCACGUGGACGUUGACGUGGACGUGGACGUGGACAUGGACGUGGACGUGGACGUGGACGUGGACAUGGACGUGGACGUGGACCUGGACGUGGACGUGGACGUGGACGUGGACGAGGAAGUGGACUUGGGCGUGGACGUGGACGUGGACGUGGACAUGGACGUGGACGUGGACGUGGACAUGGACGUGGACGUGGAGGACGUGGACGUGGACGGGGACGUGGACGUGGAGGACGUGGACGUGGAGGACGUGGACGUGGACGUGGAGGACUUGGACGUGGACAUGGACGUGGACGUGGACGUGGACAUGGACGUGGACAUGGACAUGGACGUGGACAUGGACGUGGACGUGGACGUGGACGUGGACGUGGACCUGGACGUGGACGUGGACGUGGACGUGGACCUGGACGUGGACGUGGACGUGGACGUGGACGUGGACGUGGAUGUGGAUGUGGACGUGGACGUGGACAUGGACAUGGACGUGGACGUGGAUGUGGACGUUGAGGUGGACGUGGACGUGGAGGUGGACAUGGACGUGGACAUGGACGUGGACAUGGACGUGGACGUGGACAUGGACGUGGACGUGGACAUGGACAUGGACGUGGACGUGGACGUGAACGUGGACGUGGACGUGGACAUGGACGUGGACGUGGACGUGGACGUGGACGUGGACGUGGAGGUGGACCUGGUGGUGGACGUGGACGUGGACGUGGACGUGCACGUGGACGUGGACGUGGACGUGGACGUGGACGUGGACGUGGACGUGGACAUGGUCGUGGACGUGGACGUGGACGUGGACAUGGACGUGAACAUGGACGUGGACAUGGACGUGGACGUGGACGUGGACGUGGACGUGAACGUGGACGUGGACAUGGACGUGGACGUGGACGUGGACGUGGACGUGGACGUGGAUAUGGACGUGGACAUGGACGUGGACGUGGACGUGGACGUGGACGUGGACAUGGACGUGGGCGUUAACGUGGACGUGGACGUGGACGUGGACGUGGACGUGGACAUGGACGUGGACGUGGACGUGAACGUGGACGUUGACAUGACGUGGACGUGGACGUGGACUUGGACGUGGACGUGGACGUGGACAUGGACGUGGACGUGGACGUGGACGUGGACGUGGACGUGGUCAUGGACGUGGACGUGGACGUGGACGUGGACAUGGACAUGGACGUGGACGUGGAUGGGACGUGGUCAUGGACGUGGACGUGGACGUGAACGUGGACGUGGACGUGGACGUGGACGUGGACAUGGACCUGGACGUGGACGUGGACGUGGACGUGGACGUGGACGUGGACAUGGACGUGGACAUGGACGUGACAUGGACGUGGACGUGGAGGUGGACGUGGACGUGGAGGUGGACGUGGACGUGGACGUGGACGUGCACGUGGACGUUGACGUGGACGUGGACGUGGACAUGGACGUGGAUGUGGACGUGGACGUGGACAUGGACGUGGACGUGGACCUGGACGUGGACGUGGACGUGGACGUGGACGAGGAAGUGGACUUGGGCGUGGACGUGGACGUGGACGUGGACGUGGACGUGGACAUGGACGUGGACGUGGACGUGGACAUGGACGUGGACGUGGAGGACGUGGACGUGGACGGGGACGUGGACGUGGAGGACGUGGACGUGGAGGACGUGGACGUGGACGUGGAGGACUUGGACGUGGACAUGGACGUGGACGUGGACGUGGACAUGGACGUGGACAUGGACAUGGACGUGGACAUGGACGUGGACGUGGACGUGGACGUGGACCUGGACGUGGACGUGGACGUGGACCUGGACGUGGACGUGGACGUGGACGUGGACGUGAACGUGGAUGUGGAUGUGGACGUGGACGUGGACAUGGACAUGGACGUGGACGUGGAUGUGGACGUUGAGGUGGACGUGGACGUGGAGGUGGACAUGGACGUGGACAUGGACGUGGACAUGGACGUGGACGUGGACAUGGACGUGGACGUGGACAUGGUCAUGGACGUGGACGUGGACGUGAACGUGGACGUGGACGUGGACAUGGACGUGGACGUGGACGUGGACGUGGACGUGGAGGUGGACCUGGUGGUGGACGUGGACGUGGACGUGGACGUGCACGUGGACGUGGACGUGGACGUGGACGUGGACGUGGUCAUGGACGUGGACGUGGACGUGGACGUGGACGUGGACGUGGACGUGGACGUUGACGUGGACGUGGACAUGGACGUGGACAUGGACGUGGACGUGGACGUGGACAUGGACGUGGACGUGGACGUGGAUGGGGACGUGGACGUGGAGGACGUGGACGUGGACGUGGACGUGGACGUGGAGGACGUGGACGUUGACGUGGACGUGGACGUGGAGGACUUGGACGUGGACAUGGACGUGGACGUGGACGUGGACAUGGACGUGGACGUGGACGUGGAGGUGGACAUGGACGUGGACAUGGACGUGGACAUGGACGUGGACGUGGACGUGGACAUGGACGUGGACAUGGACCUGGACAUGGACAUGGACGUGGACGUGGACGUGGACGUGGACGUGGACGUGGACGUGGACGUGGACAUGGACGUGGACAUGGACGUGGAGGUGGACAUGGACGUGGACGUGACGUGGACGUGA